ACUGCGUCGCACGAGGAUUCCAAGAUGGCGCUGGGAAUCAUCGAGCCGAGGACCGAGAGGAAACUUCCUGGGACAGAGCUGCUUCUUGAUACCGAGCAGACAGAACAGAGCCAAGAGCAAGGCGGAUUGCAACAUGGGAAGGGCAAAAAAACAGAAAUCAUACUCAUCCCGCAACCAUCAAAUGACCCAAAUGAUCCGCUUCUCUGGCCAACAUGGAAGCGCGAAACCGCUUUUUCCGUCCUCUUCCUUAACUGCAUCGUCUUCGCCGCUUGCCCCGGCCCCAUGAUAGCACCGGCAACCGUCGCAUUAGCCGCUCAGUUAGAGGUACCUAUCAAACAUGUAGCGCAGCUUUCAGGGUACCAGCUCCUGAUUGUAGGCGCUCUAGGUCCGCUCGUCUCAGUCCUCGCAGAAAAAUACGGUAAACGCCCCCAAUUCCUCAUCGCGAGUCUCUUUGGCGUCAUCGGCACAGGAAUCUGUAUAGCGGGUUUCGAUCAGUCGUCGCUUCACGCAUCCUACCGUGUUCUCCUCGCCGGUCGGAUGAUCCAGGGGAUUGGCACCACGGCCUACGAAUCCUUGUCGGUAGCGGCUAUCGGCGAUAUGUUUUUCUUGCACGAACGGGGCCUUCGGACAGCGCUUUUGGUGCUCACGCUCGCGUCCAUGUCGUCGUUUAUUGCGGUUGUAGCGGGGACCAUGUUUGAGCAUCUAGGGGCGAGGAAUUUGUUUGUUGUGCUGCUGCCGAUACAAGUUGCUGCUCUUGUAGGGGUUGUUGGGGGGAUUCCUGAGAUGCAGUUUCGGAGGGGUAAGAUGGAUGACUCGAGGGGCUUGGAUGUGGAUGAGAAGAAUGGAAAAGAUGGAAUUGGAGGGGAGGAAGUCGUACCUGAUUCACACGAAUCUGUCGGAGGGACGGUGACGAACUCGAAUGCGGGCGCCACAGACCCUGCCGUAGAUCAACGACGAACGUUUCUGCAGGAUCUGCGGGUUACAUCGGGAACCUACUCCCACGACAGUGUCCUCAAGCUUCUCGGCUCAAUCUUCAUCCACUUUCUCAAUCCGGCGGUACUUUGGGUUCAGAUCGUCAGCGCAGUCCUCGUAUCUUUCUUCGUCGGCACAGCAUACACCUUGGCGCAAAUCUUCACUCCAAAGCCGUACUCCCUCACCGUCUCACAAAAUGGAUUUUUCUUCACAGGUGCGCUGGUCGGCGGUAUCUUAGGUGUGAUAUCCGGCCCUCUCUGUGAUUUCAUUGCCCGCCGACUCGCACGUCGCAACGGUGGAGUGUUCGAAGCCGAGUUCCGCAUCCCAAUUUGUUUCGUCGCCGUGGUUGUUUUUGCCGUAGGUUGGUUCGUAUUCGGGUGGGCGCUUGAUCAGGGAAAAGUCGGGGGGAUUGGAGCAAGCAAUACUGUGCUGCUUUGCUCGGCUUGUUACGGGAUGAUUUGUUUUGCGACAAGUGUUGCGAGUACCGGAGCAGGGUUAUAUGUGCUUGAUGCGUUUCCAGCCCAUUCUACCGAAAUUUUCAUACUGCAAAUGAUGAUCAAGAAUUUCUUGUUCUACGCAUUCAGCUCCUUUAUCAAUGAGUUCGCUGCGGAAAAAGGGCCCGCGCAUAUGGCGAGGGUGUUUGGGAUAGCGACUCUAGCUGGGUUCACUACCUGUAUCCCGAUGUAUGUAUUCGGGAAGUUGAACAGAGCUACCAUAGUAAGAGUGAUCAAGAGUAGAUCUGAAUAG